CUGCAAUGUUCCGCUCUCUGUCUGCCCUUGCGCUUGUUGUGGUUGCGUUCACGCUAGCAAGUGCUGCUCCUCUGGCUACCACUAUCACCAUCACUGCCACCGGCCCAGCAGCUUCUGCUUCUGCCUCUGCUUCUGCUUCUGCUUCUAGCACUGAGGACGACGACUACUUCUCCGUCGUCGCAAUCCACACCGGCUCACCGAUCCAGUUCCGGAGCUUCUCCAUCAUUGGUGAUGGAAACAUCUACUUUGGAUUCUCUGACUUGAUUGGCAACUACGUCGACUACGACGAGCUCAAGAUUGAAGGCUCGGACUUGCUCAUCUGGAUCGACCCAUCCACUAAGGCUCUCAAGUACGGCACCUCCGCCCCCUCCGGCGCGACCGCCCACGGGUGGGACGUGGACGAGAAUGGCGAUCUCACUCUCGAUGGCGAGCAGAAUGCGAUUGCUUGUGGAGACGACUACCAGGUGUUUUGGGGUAACGAGUCCGUCUGCGACAACGAGGCAUCUUACGGCGCUAAACUGAUGGCCGUCUAUGGUGCUUUCAGCUCUGCUACUUACUCCCCGCCUGUUUUUUCGUCUACCUCGACAAGUUCGUCUCGCGCUGCUUCUGCGUCUGCAUCUUCGUCUUCUGGUCUUACCUUGUCGAUGGUUACGAAGACGACUACUCACAUGUUUACGUCCGGUACUACUGCUGUCGUCUCCGUGACCAGCUCUGCCAACGUUAACGCUUACCGCUCGACUGAAGCUACUACGACGACGACCUUGUCUACCUCGUUCACUACAUCGACUACGACGUCAACAUUGCCACCACCUUCGUCCUCUUCAUCAUUUGCAUCAUCUGCAUCAUCAUCUGCAUCAUCUUCAUCUCUGCAAUCAUCAUCGUCUCCAUCUUCAUCAUUCUCAUCAACAUUGACACCCUCCUCGACAUCCUCUUCUACCGCCGCCGCAACCGCCUCCAUACUUCCUCCCAAUCUCAUUAUUCCCGUGAAGAUGACCGACCCCGACGGAGUCUACGGCACCCAGUACUCUGGUACCGUCAUCUCCGGCAGAGACGCGGUCGAGACGUACAUCUCAUUCGAUGUCCCCGAGGCACUCUCAUCGACAGUGACGUCCUGCAAACUGAUAUGGACCCCGCCUACACAGGACUCGUUCGCAUCGACAAUCAUCGGCGUCAAGAAAUUCAAAAUCUACAACGUCGCAGACGAACUCGACGAGUCCAGCCUGUCAUGGAACACGCGCCCUGCCCGCGGAGAACUGGUCGGCCUGGUCAACGCCGUCACCGGCGAGUUCAACUCGUCCACCGUAUCGUGCAACUUUGGUCAGAAGCAGCAGUUUGAGCUCGUUGCUUACGGGGAUCCGGAUGAGGUGUCUUGGUUCCAGAUGCUCAAGCCGCGGACUGGAAUCAACUAUGUCAUGCUUGAGUAGUGAAAAAGCGAGGGAUAGGAAAGAGUUUGUAGUUUAGGAUUUGUGCUUAUUGUUUGUUUUGCUCUUUUUUGCCCGUCUGUCCGUCGUUUAGGAGCUUUGCAGGAUUCAUUGUUUUGUCUUUAUGUUUUUGUUACCCCUGCACUCAUCUGUUAAACGCAAUAGUAAUCAAUUGUACCAAUAGUCUACCAAAGCCAG